CGGAGCAAGUUCCGGUUGCAUUCAGUUCCCGUAGAGACAAGACAGGUUGCUAUUAACUAUAUACAGGGGUCUUAAACCUUUAAAAUUUUGCCAUGUUCAUCUGUUACUCAAUAUAAUAUAUUAAUUUAGGGUGUAAAUAAUUGUAAGGAUAACAAUAUGUUCCAGACGCUAAUGUAAUAGUUGCACAUAUGUCAGAUUUUUCAUUAAAUAUACCUUAAGAAAACAAAAAUAAUGCACACAUAUAAAAUGAAAUAAAUUAAUUUGCCUUUAAUUCUUAAGGAGAAGCCAACUAGAUUGAAAAAUUUAACCCUCAUAGAGACUUUAAUACACGUCAUAGUAAAUAAAAGGCUAAAUAUCUCUGGCUGGUUCAUGUCAGUUCAAUCAACCCUAUGUACUGAGCUGUGUACUCAGUCUAGUCUAGUGUUAGACUUGCACCAGCUGCACGCGCUAAGAUGUAUUGCUACGUCUGUGUCAUAUAUCUUAUUAUUAUAGCGACAGCACAUCCGCCUAAAGACCGAGAAGUUUCUAAAACUAUUGAGAAACGUUCAAUUUUCCAUGAUGUAAUUCAAUCACUUAAAAUACGCAACCAGCUGCCAGAAGAUAUUGAUGAGGAUAAUAAUGUAGGACAGAAUUACGACUUGGAAGAUGAGCGGUUGCAUCUGCCUAGCGACCUAGACUUUUUGCCAAGAAGGAAUGAUCGAAUAGAAAUGCCCACACUCAAAUAUCGCUUCCCAAAAACUAUAAACCUAAAUGAAAGUGCUAAAGACGAAAAAUCCAAAAAAGAAAUUGUGCUAUACGUAAGUGCACCGAGCGAAAAUGAGCCAAACACACCCACACCGAGACCCAAACCACAGAAAACUGCGAGACCAAAACCGAAACCUGGAAACAGAAUUAAAACACCAAAUAAAAAUAAUUCUGACGAAGAAACAGAAGCAGAAGAUAAGCCUUUUUCUAACUCUAUGACGGGACAAAGUCAGAUAGGAAACCGGGAAUAUCAGACGAUAGUUAAACCAACUGUUAUCAUCAACCUUCGAGGCUCCGUGUCCAACAGAGAAAGAGACAUUGUUAUUGAAAAGGGGAGAGUGGAAAACGAAACUGUUUUACCUAAAAACAUAUUCAAUAUACAUCAGGGCGUUGCUUUAGACAUGCAUGACACUAAAUCAAGACACAAACCAAAUGAUAAAAUAUCUGUGAUAACUCGGAAUUUAAAUGAUGCAAUGCCAAACAAUAAUGAUGAAGACAUGAUUAUGUGCGAAACAUCAAGUAAUAAGGAAAUAGAAUCCACCAAACGUAAAUAUGACGUGGUCAACGUGAAACUAAUAAUUAAUUGAAUUACUUAGAUAUCUUACUUUUAUCUUUUAUGGUUUAAAUUGUGCUGUAAUUAAAAUAUGAAAUGGAUAUCUCAGUUUAAGAUAAUUACAGAAUAGGAGAGCUCGUAUAAAUAAACCGCCUACUCGAAUGUAUAAGAACAUCUCCAAUUAAAACUUUUUGUGUGUUCACAUCAGCUUAUUUGAAAGUGGAUUGUAUUUCCCUAUUUGCAGAUACAGCUUUCCUUUUAAGUUUAAUGAUAAUUUCCCGUUAGACGACUUACCAAGAAACAUUGUAUCUAUCUCAAUAGUUGUAUUACGCAAUACAAUUUUUAAACAUUAAAAUUUUCAAAGCAGCGUAUUAUAAAGUGAUGAUUAUCCGAUAGAUGGAAUAUUUCAUAUUUUGUUUAAUCUUUUCCUAAAACUGCAGAUUAGAAAAAAUGAUUCACAUUUGCUACAAACGUAAAAAAGAAUUAGUUGUUGACCAUAAAAAAAUAUAACGGACACUAUUAGCAUAUUAAGAUCUUGUGUAGAAUUAAUGUAAAGCUGAGUUUGUCAAAGGUUAUUAAACUCUAUCCAGGUACCAUUAUAUAUUGCCCCUAAUAAAUAUAUAUGUAUGUAUAAAGCAAAAUUUAUACAAGGAAUACAAGCCAAUAUAACUUAUAUCAAAUAAUUAAAAUAAUUAAUGUCACAAGUCAUAAAUAUACGGUAUAAAAAAAACA